AACUGCGACUCAUUAAAAGAAAAGCCGCCGUUCGCAUACACUUAAAAGUGUCUUUUCAUUUAGUGGACGCUUUUCCCCUAAGCGACGGACAUCUUGGAACAACAGAAAGAGCGCAACGCAUCGACAGAAGCAGCGAUUUGGAGGCAGACACGUGAUUUUUGAGUGCAGUCACAGAGUAUCCAUGAUCCGCGCAUGAUGCGGACAGGAAGUAAAGGUGGCUGUGCGCGCACGAGCGUUAUUAAAUUACGUUCGUGGUCGUUUCAGAUUCAUAUGUUUAUUUGAAAAUAUUUUAAUAGCAUUUGGAUUACUUUUAUUCUGUAGUAAUUUCUGUCAACACACAUUACUUACACAGCGUUCUUACUCAGCUAUUACUCAGUGCUCUUUUACAAACGGGGGGAAAGAAAGGCUUUGAGUUACAAAAUUUACACUUAUGUAUGUAAUAUUUGGCUAAUAAAAAGACAAGGUUAAUUAUAUUGCACCUAUCGUCAUCUCUAUCACAUUGUGAAAUCCAAACAAAAGAGAAACGAGUACAGCCACUCUUCCGCCUCUUUACAUACAGUAAUUACGCGCAUGCGCACAUUCACCGUUUCCUCCCGGUUACUGUCGUUCCACGUGGUUUUCCGCCUCCAAUAUGGCUGCUUCCACGGUUGGGGAAGCCGAAAUGAAUUCAGCCAGUAGAGGAGCAAUCGCCGGUGCUCCUUUGGUGCUUCGCAUCCUGGCCGAAUGUCCGGUCAGCAAAGCCCGAGCGUGCGACAUGACCCUGCCGCACUGCACGGUGAACACGCCGGUGUUCAUGCCCGUGGGCACACAGGGCACCAUGAAGGGAGUCACGGCGGAGCAGCUGGAGAAUUUGGGUUGCCAGAUCUGCCUGGGCAACACGUACCACCUCGGGAUGAGGCCGGUGAGCGGGUCUGCAACACUUCUGGGAAGUUUCAGACAGGCUGAACAAAGAGAGCACAGGAUGGAUCAUGGAUGUGCUCUCGUCAUCACCGUGGGUCCUGAGCUGAUCGAGAAGGCCAAGGGGUUACACGGCUUCAUGAACUGGAGGCGCAGUCUGCUGACGGACAGCGGGGGCUUCCAGAUGGUGUCCUUGGUGGAGCUGUCCCAGGUGACGGAGGAAGGAGUGAAGUUUCGCUCUCCUUAUGACAACAAGGAGAUCCUGCUCAGCCCAGAACAAUCCAUCGCCAUCCAGAACAGCCUUGGCUCGGACAUCAUGAUGCAACUGGACGACGUGGUGAGCAGCACUGUGACGGGACCCCGUGUCGAGGAGGCCAUGAGGCGCUCGAUCCGCUGGCUUGAUCGCUGCAUUGCCGCCAACAGAAACCCUGAGAGCCAGAAUCUGUUUGCCAUCAUCCAAGGCGGCCUGAACUCAGAGCUGCGGCACAUCUGUUUGGAAGAGAUGACAAAGCGGGAUGUUCCCGGUUUCGCCAUUGGAGGCCUAAGCGGUGGUGAGGAGAAGGAUGACUUCUGGAAGAUGGUGACACUGAGCACAGACCACCUUCCCCGGGAAAAACCACGCUACCUGAUGGGUGUCGGCUAUGCCGUGGACUUGGUGGUGUGCGUGGCCCUGGGCUGUGACAUGUUUGACUGUGUCUUCCCCACCCGCACCGCGAGGUUCGGCUCUGCUCUGGUUCCCUGGGGUUCCCUGCAGCUCAAACACAAGCAGUAUGCCAAGGACUUCCAGCCCAUAGACCCAGAGUGCACGUGCCCCACCUGCAGGAGGCACAGCCGAGCAUACCUUCAUGCACUCUUGAAGUGUGAUACAGCAGCCUUGCACCACAUCACCAUCCACAACAUCUCGUACCAGCUCUCCUUGAUGCAGUCCGUGCGCCAAAGCAUUAUCGACGGGUGCUUCCCCCAGUUUGUGCGGGCGUUCAUGGACCGCAUGUUUCCUUCACGGGAGCAGUAUCCCCGCUGGGCCGUGGACGCCCUGGCCUCUGUCGGCAUCACUCUGAACUGAACUGUGAUACACCAGGAACACAGAGGACCAACUGCAUUGGGUGGAGGGGGAAGCGCUGGCUGGGGCCACUGGCAGCUCUAAAGGACCGACUUCUCUUUUUAAACUUUAUAUUAAUGUAUUUUAAAGAAUUCUUACCAGGGAUUUUUCAGCAGGCACAGAGCCUCACAGUUUCUGUGUCUGCAUGUUGGUUAUUUAUCUCAUUUCUUUUUUUUUUUUCCCACUUGUAUUUUUUACAGCUGAAUUGCAGAAGUGCUCCUAUUAAAAAGCUCUUGUCUGGUUUUAUGAUAUAAUGUUUUGAAUAUGUAAAGUCAGUGUUUGCUGAAAUUAUUUUUUCCAAGGUUAAUUCUGACUUAACGACACAGCAGUUUCACAGGGCCACCACUCCUUUCAGUAAUAAUUUGGGCAUGUGGCAUUGUUGCCAUGGUUACCUGACCAGCCAGGGCAUUUGAAAAUACCUGCUUUGAAAAGCCUUAUUUCACCUUUCCAUUUUCAGCUGGAAAUGUGUUAGUGUGGAUCAAAGGAUGUGGUACAUCAUAGCUUCACCAUUUAAACAGUCACAGAAUUAAAUUUUACUUGAGAAUAAGUCUACCUAGGUGUGGUGUUCUUAAUCGAUGUAAGUACUAUACUGUACCUCUCAGUUUAACUUUUCAUCAAGGAUGUGCAACCAUGAGUAUGUAAGUGUUAUGCUUUUGUAAAUUGUUACAAUUUUAUUUUGCUAAAAUAAAUUUUAGGUUAAAUAGGUGUCCUAGAGAUUAUUCUCUACGUAGGCAUCAGUUGAUUAUGAGCAGAAAAAGCAAGAAAAGUGUUCUCCUAGGAUAUACAAU